ACGGGUGCUUCUAUUCGAUUAUCUCCAUCAUCACCCGUGGGUCAAUCCUAUUCAAAUAGCUCGUUUCUCAUUAAAUAUGCAUGAACUUUUUGACCUUUUCUUAUCCAAUGAAAUCAUCGGUUACAUAUACCUAUUGAUCUUCUGCUUCGGAGAUAAAUAUGGUGGCUCAUGUUUACGAUGCAAAAAGGUAACCAAGGGAAAAGUUGUGAAAUAUGUAGCGAAAUUAUCAAAGACAAAAAAUCCUACAGACAGGUGAAAUCAAAUGUAGAUUUUUGUCAGUUAUUUUUAGAACUGAACUUGGAAGAAGACGGUUACGUUUGCAAGUUUUGUGUUAACAAGUUAAAUAGACUUGUCAGAAUUGACGACGACAUUAAAACGAAAGUAGCGAAGUUGACCGAGAAACGGAAUGAGUUGUUGGCAGAAUUAAAAAAUGCUGUCGGUAGCAAAGUACUUACACCUGUCAUUAAAAAACGGGGACGACAAAAAAAAACCACACCAACACCCCGUAAACUAAAGGUCCGACGCUUGUUGUCAUUCCCAAAUUCUCCUGGAGCUAGUGACGUGCGUGACCCAGCUGAUUCCAUAAAGCCAUUGAGAGAUGAAUCAGCAGGAGAGAGAUCUCAGCAAGCUGCAGAUGUAUUGGAUGAACAAAUUCAGCCCUUAGUUGUAGACAGUGUACAACCUGAUUCACAAACUAAGUUAUACCAUGAAAAGGAAUUUGAUGUCAAGAUCACAGUAAAGUAUGGAAGCAAAUAUAGGUCCUCAGUUGUUCAUGAUCCCAUCAAACAAGCAAUAUGCAGAGCUAUGUUCAACAAAAGUAAAACUUUUGUACAUCACUUGAUGAAGACAGACCAGUACAAGAAAAUUGUAGUUCAAGUCAUUUGUAAGGAGAUACGCAAGGAAAUCAGCGAAAUUUGCAGAAAAGAAGAUAAUCAGCUGCAUUACAACACCGAAAUUAAAGACUGGAAAAGUCUCCUGCAAUAUUUCAACCAGCGAGCUCCUAUUACUGCAUCAUUGUUAAAAAGUGUUAUAUCAAAGGAUUUUAAAGAGAGUGAAAUUGAAGGGCAUAAACUGAUAAGCCUCUGCACUGGGUUUUCAGUUUUGUUGUACAGCAGAAACAACACCCUAUCAAGACUGCAGUACACUAUUGGACUGAUAUUGGAUCAAUGUGGUGCCACCAAAGAGGCAAUAUCAGUGUUACAUGACCUGGGGAUAUCUGUGUCUCCAAGUGCUUUACACAGAAAGAAGAGAGACAUUGUAAGACAACAAGAAGAGAUUGUUCAAGAAACAGUUGGCAAGUAUGUUUCUGAGAGGCGAGAUGCCAUGACUGCAACCAAACUCAUUAGGGAGUAUGAAGAUCAAAUGAGUGAAAUGAAUGUAUUGUUCAAACCUAAAACUCAGCCAGUUUUGUUUGAAAAAUUUGACAUGCCCAGGACCCCUAGAGUGUUGUCAAAUGGAUGUGGGGUGCAGUUAGAUACUUUAACAACUCGUGAGCUUUGGGAUUGUUCUAAAAGAUCAACAUCCAAUACCAGUGCAGACAGUGAAGUGACUUUUUCAAUGAAUUACCAUUCACAGAUGAGAGGUGUGACUCAGGAACCAGUCACUGUGCAGUUUAAUGCUAGUGCAAAUCAAAACUCCAACCCAGGGAUCAUUUACUCCUCAGGAAAUCAAGGAAAAGUGGUGUCUUUUUUGAAAGAGAAAAUUCGGAAAACUAAGGAAAAUCCAUCUCCACCCAUUGAAAUCUUAGGUGACAAUGUUGAUAUACUUGUUAGUCCAGCUAAUAUGACUUUAGAUAGACAAAGAAAAUCAUGGCAUUGGUUUCUUCUGCUUGCUACUCAGAAAAGAAUAACUGACAAGGAUCUUCCAACAGAUGAAUCCUUAGCUGAUGUAGAAACGAUUGACAGUUGUGAGUUUGUUCCAUCUGAAGAUGAAAUCGAAGAAUAUCAGAAAAAUACACAAUUCCAUGUGGCAAAAAUAUUAACAAAGUAUAUCGAGGAGCUGAGGCAAUUCGAGAGACUCCUUCCAAAUAACAUCCAGCACCCAAAUAUUGAAAAAACUUCCCAGAAGUCUGUGUUCAUUAACUGUGAUUUAAUUGAUGAAAGUGAAAAUUCCUCUGAUGGAAUGAUUCGUAUACUGCAAAGAGUGCAUUCUUUAGCAGUGCCACACAUCAAUGAAAACAUUGAAAAGGUAGUGCUGGGUGGUGAUGUUUUGACCAAUGAACGAGCUUUGAGUGCACAACAAGCCAUGAGAAACAAUGAGACCUGCGAUGAAAAGUUACUUGGUGUAAUACAUAGACCUGAAGGAUUACACAGGCAGAUGAAUUUUCUGAUGGUGACGUUUCACCAUUGGAAUUUACUGUUUUUGGUUUACUUCAUUCUACGGGCAUAUAUCAAGAGUUUUACAAAGAGGAAAGCAGUGGUGAUGGUGGCAGUCUUUAUCAGCUUCGUAACCUAAUCAACAGAAGAAAUGUAUCAGGAGCUGAACAAGUGACCAAAGACUUAAGGUCACACAUGACAUACAUCAUGGAUGUAAUGAGUGGAUAUGUGGUUGCAGCAUUUAUGAGUUUACACAACAUGAAUGAUUUAGACGACAAACCACCAAACCUCCCACUAUUUUCCCUCAUGAAUGAAAA